AUGUCUCUGAACAUCACCGAUUUGGUAUUUUUUGACCAGGCAAGUUUUAGAAAUUUUAAAAAACCACAGAAGCAGGCGCAAGAUGAUGUAAGUUCUGCAAUUGUUAUUCCAGUCAUCGGUUCACAAGUUAAUUCAAUUAGCAGGCAACCUAAGAGCAAAAGACAUUCCACAGCCCCACCAUUUAUUACUAAAAGUAAGGGAGAUGAUGCCGAGAAACCCGAACGACCUAGUUCAGCGGGCAUUAGGGUUAACGUCUUUGUUUCUGCAUACGCUGACGAAAUCGAGCACAUGCAUUAUUUUGAGAAACUGAAAAAUGCUGCCCCUUUGUUGCUGACCAACAUUGAUGGGAUGAUUCUUCACUGCAAAAUUGCUGGAAUCCCAUUCCCCCGGGGCCUUGAGAACAUCUUGAACUACAGCUGGAGUGAUUUAAUCAAGGAGGUGUCCUACAGCAGGAAGAGAUGGCCAACUGCAGCCUGCCAAUACACUUGUGAGCCGAGGAAAGCCUUGCAGAAAACGACACAGAGCGCUAGUCUGUCACCUGACAGCAUUGAAACUGAGAACAUCAAAAGCAGAUCCAAAUCCACGUUGAUUACAGAGGAGGUGAAAGAAGAAGUAACUAUGAGGAUGGAGCGGGAACCCAUUUCAAUUAAUUCAGUCAAGCGGCACUUCCUCAGGGCAGGGGCCAAAAAAAGAAGUACUCUGAUCAACAUCAAGUAAAACGGCAUUUGUACAUCGUUGUGCCCUUUGGGACUUGUCUAUUCUGUUGG